AUGGCCGAGGAUAUUGGAAUGGAGCCAUGUUUCGACGUGGAAGACCUGAAACCGCGGAAAGAGGCGCUGAAAAAAAUGAAAAAAGCGGAAAGAUCGGCGCCGGCCAUCCAAAUUGUCGAAAAAGAGGCUGAAGUUGCGGAAAAAGCGGAAGACGGCGAGGAGAAGCCAAUGUCGAAGACAGCGAAACGCAAAUUAAAGCGAAAAUUGGCGAUUGAGCGCAAAGAAAAGGUUCUUUCGAGUUUUUUGCCAGCUUUUGAGAAAACAUGGUUUUCCUUCAGGAAAAUGCGGUUGGCGCGGAGCCAGAAGCCAAAAAAGAGAAGCAGGAGGGCGAGGAGGAGGUGGAGAAGCCAGAAAAUGCCGAGAAAAGUAGAUUUUCCCAUUCGAUUUUUUUUUAAUGAAAUUUCUGUCCAGACAAGCCAAAACACAAGGGAAAAGACAAGGAGCACAGUUUUGAGGCGAUCGAAAAGAAGUUCAGUGUGCUUUUGGGUAAAUUAUCGGAAACUACCAGCAAUUUCAAAGAGGUUUGUAAACACAUUGAAACAUUUUUGAAGUUUGGCCUAAAAUCGUCUUUUCAGGGCGAAGCAAUCAUCAAAAAAGACGUGGAGGACGGAAAAAUCACUGCCGAACAGGCGCACACACUCUACAGAGUCUAUAAUCGCAAUUUGAGAAUCAAAGUCUGCGGAAAAAUGAAGGAUUUUGUUGAGCUUUAAUUUUUCAGCGUCUCCGCGACAAAUUGAACAGAUUUCUCGGCGAGAAUGCUCAUUUGGAGGCUGUCAAGGUUCGUUUUACCAGAAAAUGCUCUAAACUCUCCAAAAUCGAUGAUUUUUCAGCAAAAAAUCAACGAUUGGCGUGCGGCGGGAAAAGUUACGGCCGCCGACGCGAUGCUCCUCGUGAAAAGAUGGAAAAGUCGAGAAACUCGACGAGUCGGACGACAGGACCAGAAGAUUAUGUGGGUUUUUUGGUGAAAUCUGGCGAAGAAAGCAUGCAAUUGUUUUUCAGAAAUUCAGCGUGUUUCCACUGCCGCGAGCCGGGCCACCGUCUGGCGGAUUGCCCGAAAAAGAACAGUUCGUCUUCGGACGGCGUCUGUUUCAAAUGCGGAUCCAUGGAACACUCGAUCCACGAGUGCAAGAAAAAGGGCGUCAAAGGUUGGCGUUUUAGAGAAAUCGGAAAGAAUUGA